UCAAUACCUUCAAAACACGUGCGAAAACCGCGUACGAAACGUUCAAGAUGAUUCCAAUCCCAGACAAUCUUGAAUAUGCGGUAGAUCCAGACUUCUGGGGUCUCUCCCUUAACCUGGAAGACGAGGAACAACACGUGCCCAAGACUAUCAACACCUAUAUUGCCUGGUUGCAGGAGUGUUAUGAUCUCCACGACCGCGAAGGAGAAGAUCUAUGGAACACUUUUCGGGAGGAUUUUGAAGGAUUUACACUUGAUCUCUUUAAGGUAGCGACCCGGCCAGCUGUCAGAGGCCUGCGCGACUACCUGGUACGUCAUGGAGUAUGGGUUAAGCCAUCUGCAGGAGCUCUAUCAUACGCACACGUACUGUAUGAGUGCCUUCACGAAGAAACUCAGGCAGAUUGGACAGAGGAAGCCUUGGAAAACAAAGCUAAAGUAAUCAAGAAAUGGGAGGAUCUGCGAGCCAAGAUUCAAUCCAAGACAAACACUAUGCCUAUCUCAAACACUUCUCCUACAAUCAAACUCCUCGAUAUUCCUUCUAAGGACACCCAACCGGCUUCGCAGCAGACCAAUUAUACUCAAACUCGUACCCCCAUGGCUGUUACCCCAACUCUUCAAAGUCAAUACGUCCAGCAACCACAAGGCCAAGCUCAACCCCAGUGGCAGACAACUCAACCAUCCCUUCUAGAACAUCCCGUCCAACACCAGAUUCAACACCCACAUCUGGCCACUACUUACCUUCCUCCUGCGUUCCCUUCUCCACCGGCACCACCUCGACCACCAUACGAACGAAUCCCUAUACCGGCUGAUGGCGCCACUGAAAGUAACCCCAAGUUACUUAUAGACCUUAUGAAGAUCUACAGCAACGACGAUAAGAAGUAUGGAGGGGAGAAAUACGAUAUCCUCAGUACUAAGCUACAAGUCUUCUACGACUGUUGCGCAAAGAUUGGUUUGGGACAUGAUCAAUUCGCAAAUGCAUUCUCUACUAUGUUGAAAGGACGGGCUAGCCAAUACUACUAUAACUCGCUAUCCAACAAAGGCUUCACAUUUCAGCAACUAAUCAACCACACAAGGACUCAUUUUGAGACCGAGGAAAACCACCAAGAGUACUUAACUGAAUGGAGAGAAAUCACUUUAGAACGCACCAUUGAGGCCAACCCAACUAAGUCGAAGCUUAAGUGUUUCCAGACGAUGGUAGAUCAACUUGAGAAGGUGCAACGGGGACUCUCAAACGAGUACCAGUUUGAACACAGCCUACGAGAUCAAGUAUUGAAUGGUUGCAGAGGAGUUGUAGAGUGUGAUCUUGCGCUCUACAAGCCAAGCGCUACCUUUGAAGGUGUCUGCGCUGAAAUCCGCUCUUCAAUUAGCACCAAGAUGCGUUCAUCACGCGCACUAACACCAUCUUCCUUCAACAACCAAUUCAACGACGAGUAUGACCACAACUGGACAGACCGAACAUAUGGAGGACAUGGACGAGGCCGGGGAUCCUACAAUGGACAAAGAAAUCGGGUUGGAGAGAGUAAUCGAGGACCUUAUGAGCCGAGCUCACGAGGAAGUUUCCGUAAUAACCAGCACGGAGUACACCAAAAUAGAGGCUUCCAACAGAAGAAAUGCUUUGUCUGCCGGAAACCAUACUGUUGGUCUACAAAACACUCAAAGGAAGAGCGACAGAGAGCAUACAAUGAGUUCAGGCAACAAACUGCGUAUGUCUCUGAGGUGGAACCGACACUUAAAGAGUAUAGCUCUUUCUUGGCCCAGUACAAAGGAAUGGAAGGUAUUACUGAGACUGCUGAACCAAACCAUGAAGCCUUGUUUCAAAUGACUCUAAAUGACCCCCCCUUUGAAACAAACUUCACAGAAUUCAGAAAAAUCAACGGCAUUGAGAUGAUUUCGAUGCUUAAUGAUUAUUCAACAUACCACGCUUUUACCAGGGAUGAUAAGUACCAGCCUUUAAUUUCCUGCGCUGAUGAGGCAACGGAUCAAGACAAUGAAGCAUUCACAUUAGACCGAUAUUCCUCAAAUGAAUUCCAUGGCAUUAUGCCUGACAGCGGUGCGGCUGGUAUUUCUUCAGCAGGAGAACUACAGGUUUUAGCUUUGCAAAAGACCGACCCAAGCAUUCGAAUCGAUACCUCUGCAGGUAGAGAGAAUCAUAUCAAGUUUGGCAAAGGUACAGCUAUUGUCAAAGGAGUUGUUCGGGUCCCUACACCUAUUGGUACUAUCACUUUCCACGUUGUACCAACAAACACGCCAUUUCUAUUAUGCCUGAAAGACAUGGACGACUUGGGAGUACGAUUUGACAAUCUUAAUAACACCCUGGUCCAGGGCAGCAACAUUGUCCUAAUUGUACGUAAGUGGGGACAUCCCUGGAUGCUGUUGAACCGCCUUGAAAGUGUUGCAUGCCAUUUGACAGAGUUAGAACUACGUCAACUCCAUCGCCGUUUUGGCCACCCCUCAGUUCAACGACUGGCAACCGUGCUAGAGCGUGCUAACCAUGACUUUAAUGCGGAUAUCCUUAAGAAGCUCACGAAGUUCUGCCACCAAUAUCAGAUGCAUGAAAAAUCACCUGGUCGUUUCAAAUUCACUCUCAAAGAUGACCACGAGUUUAACUACUCAGUAAUCAUUGAUAUCAUGUACAUUGAAGGCAAGCCAGUACUGCAUGUUGUUGAUUCUGGAACAGCAUUCAACGCAGCAUGCUUCUUGAAGGACAUGACAGCUAGCACAGCAUGGAAUACAUUACGGCUCUGCUGGAUUGACUGCUAUUUGGGCCCUCCGGACCAGAUUGUCCAUGAUGCCGGUACUAAUUUUGCCUCGGACGAAUUCAGACAGUAUGCGAAAUCAAUGGCAAUUCAUAUCAGGGAAGUACUAGUGGAGGCGCACAAUGCAGUUGGCAAAGUUGAGAGAUACCACGCACCACUGCGACGUGCAUACGAGAUCAUUCAGGAAGAGUUAAAGGGGGAGAACGUGCUAAAGGAGGCGAUAUUGCAGAUGGCUGUGAAAACUCUAAAUGAUACAGCGGGACCAGAUGGCCUUGUACCCACUCUAUUGGUGUUUGGCGCAUACCCCAGAUUAACAGAAUGGGAUGCUCCAUCUCCAUCAGUUGCCAAGAGAGCCAAGGCAAUUGAAUGCGCAACGAAGGAAGUACAGAAGCUGAAGGCUGCCCGACAAGUUCAGGAUGCCCUAUCUAUGCGCAAUGGUCCAAACACCAAGGCUACGCUUGAUCUACCACUACAAUCGGAUGUCCGGGUAUGGAGAGAAGCCAAAGGAUGGACAGGACCAUUCAAAUUGCUUGCAAUUAUAGGGGAAACCUAUACUGUUGCAAUGCCGCGUGGACCUGCGAACUUCAGAACUACCGUCGUCAAACCCUACCUUAGUGAACCAGUCCCUGAGGCAAGCGAGACCCCUGAAGGAGACCAUGAGUGCUCACAAACUCCAAGAGAGGAAAUUGAGGCUCCGAUUCGACGUGGACCGGGCCGUCCAAGAGGCUCCCGAAAUUAUAAGCGCCCAAAUGAUCAACCUCAGCGACGAAGUGCUCGUCACAUGACCUGCAACCCCCAAUAUAAUGAUCUUGAACACUUGAUCGUAGAUAUGGAGGAGAAGGAUGGAGAAUGGAUGACCCACAUGACUCGGAAAGAACAGUCUGACUUCGAACUUGCUAUCCAAUUACGAAAGGACGGAGUUAUUACAACUCCAGGAGACCCAUUCCACGAGUCACAACAGCAGGAGAUCGAUGGUCUGAUAGCAAGAGGCGUGUUUGAGUUUGUCCUAUUUGACCCAAAACAACACGCAAAUAUACGAAUCUUCAAUUCCCGGUUCGUCAACGAAGUCAAAGGCAAGACAACUAUCCCUUUUGAGAAGUCAAGACUGGUUAUUCAAGCCUAUAACGACGAAGGCAAGCAGGAGAUUCUUACCCAAUCCCCAACGAUCCAGAGAGCUAGCCAGAGAGAAUUGAGACACUUGUACCCAGAAGGUACUAUCAUGGUCGUACGGAAGCCACUGUAUGGUAUUCCUGAAGCUAGAACUCACUGGUGGGCGACAUACUACAAGCACUACAAGGAAAAGCUGUCUAUGGUUACUUCAACAUACGACCCCUAUCUCUUGAUUACCACCAACAAGGACGCAUUUGGAGUAGUUGGGAUGCAGACAGACGAUACGCUAUUCCUGGCAUCUGAGCAUUUCGCUAUUUUGGAAGAUGAAGAACUGAAGAAGGCCAAGCUAAUGGCAAAACCAAGAGAUAAGCUGUCAUUGGCAUCCAACCUGAUUUUCAAUGGGUGUUCCCUUACGUUGGAAUCAGACAGCACAAUAGCUCUUCUACAGAAGGAUCAAGGCAAGAAGCUCCGACUGGUCACUGAAGGAGAGAAUUCCCACCAAGAAUACCUUGAACAACAUGCUCGGGGAGCUUAUAUUGCUUCCAUAUCUCAGCAUCAAAGCCCUACUGCUGACGACAUUCGGAACCUCAACAAGCGUAUCAUGUGGCAGAUAGAGAACCAGAGCCGUGGCAUCAAAUACACUCCACUGGACCUAUCUAACGUUAAGAUUUUUGUGUUUGUGGACGGAUCCUUCGCUAAUAACAAAGAUUUCAGUUCCCAGAUUGGAUAUGUCAUUAUUCUAGCCAACGAGAGUUCGACAGGCGACGAGUUUGAGAUUACAGGCAACCUUACUCAUUACAGUUCGAACAAGAGCAAGAGAGUGACUAGAUCUGUGCUUGCAUCAGAGAUCUAUGGCAUGGUAGGAGGCGUUGAUAUGGCAAUUUCGAUCGGUACAACUAUCAAUAUGAUCACAAGACAGCUUGAUCUCCCUAACGUCCCCAUUGUGGUCUGUACCGACUCUUACUCUCUCUACGAAUGCCUCGUCAAGCUCGGUACUACUAAGGAGAAGCGUCUUAUGAUCGAUAUUAUGGCACUUCGGCAGUCAUACGAGCGAAGAGAGCUGACAGAAGUCCGAUGGAUCAAUGGAAAAGACAACCUAGCAGACUCUAUGACGAAAUCUACCCCAAACAAGGCUCUGGAGCAGUUCUUAAACGAAAACCGGCUGAAGGUACGAGUGGAAGGAUGGGUGGAGAGAAAGUGA